AUGUGUGUCGUAGCGGGAUUUACUAUCGCUACUGAAUGGCAUCUAUUGAGUGCAUUUCUCAUUUUGGGUUCAAUUUUAUUAGAUUGGAUUGAUGGUCCGAUUGCUCGUUCAUUCAAUCAAUGUUGCAUCUUCGGUUCCGGAGUUGAUUGGCUUGCCGACAUACUUGGCGAAGUAGUACUGAUGGCUUGGUGGAUUCGAUAUGAUCACACUAUAAUACCUUGGAUUCUUGUUGCCACUUCGAUUGAGAUUGGCACAGGAAUAUUUGAUUUUUCUAUCACAUCUACAGCUCGCUAUCCGAAACUGAAGAAAGGUCAAAGUGGAUUUUCCAUUAUCCUUGAAUGGACAAUGCCAGAAAAUGAAUAUACACAUUUCGGUACAUUUCUUUGGCUUGCUUAUCCAUUUUAUUGUGUGUUUCGAACACUAGAAUAUUGUUAUGGAUAUUACGAAAUGAUUGAUACGGCAAAUAUAUACACAUUAUUAGAAGAAUCGAACUUUGCAUUGACGUUCUUUUUAUUAAAUCGUUAUUUACUGUUCGUACCUGCAGUACUCUACAUUUGGUGUGAAGCCGCAUAUGGUGCUCAUAUAAUUAGAUCUUGGGUCGAAGUAUCGAAAAAAGUCAAGCCAAGCGUUGACGAAAUCAUCUAUGACGAUGUAACGACAUCAGUCAUGGGUGGAUUUGUUCACUAUGGAACAUUAUUAACUGUUCAUCAAAAAUUAUUACAAGAUAUUUAUAUUGAUCUACAAUUAAAACUUCAUACAGAAUAUAAACUAGCUCUAUCGCAACGUAAAGUAUUCUGGAUUAAUAUUUGGAAACGAUCAGGAAAAAGGACCGGACUUAUGGUUGAAUUUGAUCAAAGUCAUCAGUUAGAUGAAUUAGUUCAUUCAUGGAUUGCCAAGUAUUACGAUGUUAAUGAAAUUGUUUUGGAUGGAUACGGCUAUAUUCUAAAUCCUUCCAAUUCACAAGCACAACCGUUUCAUCUUGAUUAUACAAUCGAUUAUUCGACAAUAUUCGUUCCGUUGACUGAAACUUCGCAUAAUAAUGCAGUGCAAUAUAUCAUUCUAUCACCAUCAAUCAGUUCGACUAUAUUAUCGGAAGCGACACAAAAUCCUGAUUCCGUUGAUGUAAGCCGAUUGUUAAAAGACGGUAAUUAUUAUUCAGUUCGUCAAUGUGUUGCAAAACCGUUUUCUAUACUCAAAAUGGAUUUCGGUACUAUUCAUCGAGCUAUUUCGAAUCAAGAGUCAUAUGAUCGGCUAAUGUUUUACGUUUCAGUGAUAAAGAAAAGUGCCAUAGGGACAGUCAAAAUACCUGAUGAACCACUGUUUCAUUCGAUUGAAAAGAGUUGGUGA